UUUCGAAAUUGGCAAGCGGAUUAACGAAGAUGCUAAAUAAAUUUGGAAUGGAACUGUGAAAAUGGACGAGAAGAAACCGAAUGAGAUUUACCACAUUUACGAGAUAAGGUGAUUCGGUCCGAAAUGAAACGGAAGUAUAACGGAAGUGUGGAGUAACAAUGAACGAAGUAACGAACGGUUCCGAAACUAAUUUCACGGAUUUCGAGUUCGCGAACGCUAGUGAUGUGAAUGGUACGGUGGUUGGUGAUGUAGAGGUGAACAACUGGUGGGCGUUCAUAGCUGUGAUUCUAGUGGUGUGUACGGCAGCUGGAAAUGUGCUGGUGUGCCUCGCGAUAUACCUGGAGAGGCGGCUGCAGAACGUCACCAACUAUUUCCUGAUGUCGCUCGCGAUCACCGAUCUGCUGGUGUCGAUACUGGUGAUGCCCUUGGGAAUCCUGACGCUUCAUAGAGGGUACUUCCCCCUCCCCGCGGUGUACUGCCUGACUUGGGUGUGCCUGGACGUGCUGCUGUGUACCGCCUCCAUCAUGCAUCUGUGCACCAUCAGCGUCGACAGGUACCUGUCACUGCGGUAUCCGAUGCGGUUCGGUCGGAACAAGACGCGGAAGAGGGUGACCAUCAAAAUAGCCUUCGUGUGGAUACUGUCCACAGCAAUGAGCCUGCCCCUGAGCCUUAUGUACUCGAAGGACAAGCAGUCAGUGCUCAUCGGGGGCUCCUGCCAGAUCCCCGACCCGCUGUACAAGGCGAUCGGCUCAGUGAUCUCCUUCUACAUCCCCCUGGGUGUGAUGUUGCUGACUUACGCGCUGACGGUCCAGCUGCUGGCGCGGCAGAGGAAGGGCCUGGGACAGGGAUGGGCGGCGGGUUGGCUCGGUGGGGUUCCUAUCGAACGCCGCUGCACCUGGAAGCGGUUCCUCAGCCCCCGCGGCGGGACCCCGCAGCACUCCGCCGCUUCCACCGAGACCGAACUACCCAUAGACACCAGGGACUUGUGGAUACAGGACUCCAGCGAGCCCGCGCCGUCCGCCAUGAGUGCACUGCAUCAUUUCGGUGCUGAGAUGUUGCGACUGUCCCGCGGCUUGGAGGCGUCAGCGUCCAAACCGUCUUACAAAGGGACGAACAUCUCCGAACGUGGUGGGAUGCUCACGCCAGGUUCCAUGAGCGUCUCCUCCAGCUCUCCAUCAUCCAUGCAUCAGGAUAAGCGAAGACUGUCAACUGCAGACCCCAGUCCACUCAACAGACCAAGAAGCGCGUCAGACGAUGAAAGCAAUGACGGCCUACUAGCUCCUGUCACAUUGACGGCCAAGUCCCGAAGCUCGGAGGACGGUCUGCUACUGCCUCCGCCAUGUACGUGCCCCUAUUUUGGAUCAGACUCAACACCACCCAAACGAACCACCGAAGUCAUUAUAGUACCGGGAGGAGACAUAAAUGGAUGCAACGGGUACACCAGAAAUGGUACCAUGAAGGAUGAACCUUCAACCCCGUUCUUUAGGAGAUCCAGCCGCGGCGCAUCCUCAAUAGUGACAUGGGAGGAAGCGAGAAGGUUUAGACGUGGUUCCAGCUUCGGUGCCAGAACUGCAUUAUCAACGCCUUCUAGAACUAUCCGUAGACAACGAUCGAUCAACAAUCGCCAGCAGACUUCUGUGAAUCCGAGUCCUCAGAGACAGACUCCAAGGACUCAUCACUCGAGAAAUUCCAGCGUGAUCUCUCGAAAUUCAUCACGCCACGGAAGAAUUCUUCGACUGGAGCAAAAAGCGACGAAAGUGUUGGGUGUCGUGUUUUUCACGUUCGUCGUGCUCUGGGCGCCAUUUUUCAUUCUCAACAUGGUGCCGGCAAUCUGCCCGGAAUGUGAGCGCAGGAUCCCCGGCUGGGUUUUCGACUGCGUGCUGUGGUUGGGCUACGCGAGCUCAAUGGUCAACCCGAUCUUCUACACCAUAUUCAACAAGGUGUUCAGGCAGGCCUUCAAGAAGGUGCUGCUGUGUCAAUACUUCAAGGCGAAGAGAUAGCCGGCACCCUGGGAGCGCGUGAGGCCGGCGUCAGACCCUGGCCUCACGGCGCUCUCAGUCAAUAGGAACGUUCGAUCGCAAUUCGUCUAACCUUCAUAGUAUGCAGUGUUCCUCCAGUGUGAAGGUUUAUCUAAUUUAUCUUUAUAUAGCGUUGAGAUCCUUCCAAUUUUAGAGGGAAUGCUUAUCUUUAUUUCGCUUUAAUGUCUAUUAAGCAAUAUCGACAAUUUUUCAAAUCACCAUCAUCAAAGAUAGGAUCAGCUUAGACAGCAACUCGAGUUUGUCGUUAAGGAAUUUGAUCAAAGUCAUCCAAAAAUUUUAUCGAAUUACUUUAU